AGGGUCCCGUCUCUGGGAGAUGUAAAGCUUUCAGGCUUGAACUUCCAGAUAUUCAAAAAAAAAAAAUGUAUGUAUAUGUUGAUCAACCAAUUAUGGAAUAUUAAGCGUGGAUGGUCUCCUGGAUUUGGCUGUGUUGAUCUUUCUUGAUCUUGGGACCAUGCGCAGGCAAGAUGGAACAUAUACAGGGGAGUAUCUUUUGUAGCAUUUAGCUAUUCAUUCAGUCCACUAACCCCAGCUUCCUGUUGUUUACAUUGUUACUCAAUCACCAAAAACUGAGUUUAUCCCAAGAAUCAAUACCUAACAAAUUACACAGCGGAGUCAAACAACAUUGGUAUAUGCAAACAUAAACACAAACAAACAAUCCACAAGUAAAUAAACUAUACCACUGAUCUAAAGAGCUUAUACUCCAUAACAUUGAAAAUAACCUCAUUUUGUUAUCAUGUCUAAUAAAAACUAACGAUCAAAGGAAUGAAAAAGAAAGAUAAAUGUUCGCCAUUUUAAUCUGUUUCUUACAACAUAUAUACUACAUGCCCUGAAUUACCAAAAAUAAAAUAAAAUUACAAGCUCUUAUUCAAAACAGAUAAAAAAAUCCAUCAUACAGUAUCUCUGUAAAUCCGUUAUAACGAUUACUCUCUCCGACGAAGAAGAAACCGAAGUCAAGAACCGAGAAAGAUCACUAAAGAAUCUUCUUUCUUGCGAUCAAAGUAAACGAAAAUGUCAUUCUCAGACGAUCCUACAUCUCCGACGGAGAAGAAUCGAGCUCGUACGAGUCAAGAACCACGAGAGCGCCCUCAAGAUUUGUCUUGCUUGUCAUCCAAGGAAACAGAGAAGAGCCAAGAACCGAAUGAAACGUCUGGCUCCUCUGUUUCUCCGAUGAACAGAUACAAAGAAGCCUUAAAAAAUCGACAUGGCCCGGUCUCGAAAAACCAAAAUUACGACUUCGAAAGUAAUAACAUCACCAUCAACACUGAAAACCUGCUAAAUCCUUUCGGUGUCGGAGGAGGUUUUUUCGUCACAACUUGUAUAUACGUUUUCUUCUCUGAAAAGCUUUACUUCUUGUGUGUUGCAGGGUCUCUUGAUUCUGAACCAAUACAGAUGAUGUCUACCUCUGGAUAUGUAAGCGGCAGUACAAAUAACAAGAACAACAAUGGUCAGUCUUACUUGGGUGUUGAAGCUUCCAAGAACAGUGUUGGCCUCAGAACUGGCAUGCAACAACAAAUGUCUAAUAGAUCCGUAAUCGGUGUAGAUUCAGGUACAUCGUUCACUGAUACUGCCAGAAAGUUGCAGCAAGCUUAUAAUAACCUUCAGCGUUUAGGAAUGCCGGGUGAAGGAUAUGGCACAAACAAUCCUGACUUUUUUGAAGACCAGCCUAACUUUCUUCUUGGUUCUGGAGGGAAUAUUGCAUCAAUGAGCUCACAAAGAGAUGACCUUAGACCUGAAAAGCAACAAAAGAUGUCUAAUGUGUCAAACAGUUCCAUAAGUGGUGGUGUUGGGAUGUAUUCAAAAACCGUAGACUCUCAGCAGGGUGAAGAACAUGACACAAACAAUUCUGACACUUUGGGAGACUCAAGUAACAUUUCUCUUGGUUGUUUUGGGAGCAUUGAAUCCAUAUUGAAGGCAACAAGAGAUGGAAAAGAGGUUCCGACGAUGCCUACCCCUAGACCUGUCAACAACGCACCUCAAUGGACCAUCAAGAAGAGAUUGACCAAGAAAGAUGUUAACCCUUAUGGCCAACUUAGUCUGCCCAGUAGCUCCUUCGAUCAGCAUAUUCGAAGACAUCUGCCUGAAGAAGAUUUGCCAAAGAUAGUAGGAGCCGGACUCAUUGUUAACGUAUUUGACAACGACACGAGCACAAUACAUAAGCUGCGUCUGGCAGUAUACUAUACCUAUGUUCUAACGGGUGGCUGGCUGGAAGAUUUCAUCCAAAGGAGAAGCUUGAAAGAAAGAGACGAUAUAGGACUCUUAUGGGACUCUUCUGCUUCUAGGCUUCAAUUUGGCGUGAUUGCUCGUGCAAAAGCAAUGGUUCCUCGAAAGAGAACAAGUUCUGCAUAAUGUGAUCUCAAUUAGAAACGCAUAAAAGCAGCUGAGAGAGGUAGUGUUUGUUCUUUAUAUUUUGUCAAACAGCGAUUGGUAUUGGCUUAUAUGAUUAGGUUUUUUCUGAAGCCAACU